GGCGGCGGCUGCUUUUUCUCUGCCCCUCCCACGGCCAUCGUCCUCGUCGCUUCGACGGUCUAUCUAAAGUCCCCACUUGACAGAUUCUCGUUGUUCACUCCUUGCCUACAAGCUGUCGGUGUCCAGCCAUAGUUUUGGGGCAUUUUUAUUCUUCUUCUUUCUCGGUCUGCAUUCCCAUCUAUCUAUCUACCCUUAUAAAAAGUUAUACCCGUGACGACACACUUGGGGGUACGGGCCACACUACCUUUGAUACCCCACCAACUGUAACAAAUAGAAGCCAUUGUUUCGGUGGCAGGAAACAACAAGCCCUUCCAAUCGCAACACAAUGAGCGAGCAAGGUUUGUCCUCCGGGCCCGUGACCAUUGUGGUCGAGCAUCUGGACCCCGAGCUGGGCGCUUGGUCCGCCUUGGAGUAUGGCUGCAUUGCCCGGGAAUCACACGCAGCCGGGAGCAAAUUCCUCCUCAGCUCCGUGCCCACCUCCCUGCAGAUGCCAGAAGACCUGGCCGCUACCCCAGGACUCGGGGUGGAGCAUCGCAGUGUGGAGGAGGUCUUUGCAGACCGGAAAUCUAGGGUCUGUCUGUUGGACCCGUCUGCUCAGGUUGAGCUAAGUCCGGCCGAUGCGGAGACCUUCGAUGUCUUCCUCUUUGGGGGGAUCCUUGGCGAUGACCCUCCCCGUGAUCGGACCUCCGAACUGCGCAAGAAGGGCUAUGCCGGAAGAAGACUGGGCCCUAAACAGAUGACCACGGACACGGCGGUGCGUGUUACACGCAUGGUCGUGCAUGAGAAAGUGCCUCUGGAGCAAAUCUCAUACAUUGACCACCCGGAGAUUUUGAUCAACGAGCAUGAACGCACCGAGAUGCCCUUCCGCUAUGUCAAGGGAGCGGAUGGUGAACCCAUCAUGCCCAAGGGCAUGGUUGAGUUGAUCAAGAAGGAUGCCGACCAGGGCAUCGACGAUCUUGUUUAAUCCAUUAUACUAACUAGUUAGCGGCGGGCCUAGUUUUGUCAGCAACUGUAUUGAAUCAUCACGAAGGGGAGCACCCUUGGAAGUCUGCUCUAUAGAACUGCAUGGAUGCUUACGCUAACCGUGUUGAACGGCCUGUGGUUCGAUUGGGGGGCAUAGAUAGCUUCGCCAAGGAGGAUAAUAUAAUUGGAGCCAUUGCCACGCGGGCCUUGUGGCGCCCGUCCGAUAGGCACUAUGAAUCGCUAGGCCAAUUCUUGCAUCUGAGGGAC